GCACAUGCAACCGCAAUUUAAAACCUUUGCUGUACCCGUUCCUUCUUCUCUCAUCAAUACUGAAAUUGUCACCACAACCGCAUCCACUACCGACGAACCCCUGCCUCAGCCACAGCCGACAUAGAAUCAACAGUCGUGGCUCUUCAAAUCGGCCAUUACCAUCUCCUGCCUCCGUCCUACUGACAUGGAAUCAACAGUCGUAUCUCUCGUCACUACCAGAACUUCCUUCGAACCCCAAAACAACAGCAAAUCGGAGAGGCAAAGGAGAGCUCCGCCGAUGGGAUGGAUGAGAGGGCGACGGCGAUGAGAAAAGGGAGGCGCGAUCUGUAUAGAGAGAAGGAAGCAAGAUGAACGCUUUUCAUUUUGUUUCUGUUUAACAAAUGAUUACUUUUUUUUCAAAGUGGUUACUUUUUAAUGAGCCCUUAGAUUUACUUUUGCCACUUAUCAAUGAAAAGGAGUAAAAGGAGCAAACACAAAUGGAGCAAAGCUGCAUUCCUGUGUAAGAUAAGUAACUGUGCUCUUUAGCUAUGAAUCACUGACACAGACAUCGGACACAACACACAACACAGACAUGAUUCAAUGUAAUUAUAAGCAGUGUCGUGUCGCGCCUAAUCCGAGGAGUGUCCGUGAUUCACAGCUCUUUAUUCUUUGAGAGUUUUCAUUGGCUUGUAUUCAAGAUAGAAUAGAAGAAUGUUUGUUGAUUCUUCUUCGCCUGCAAAACAUAUCUCCCCACCCACCGCCAACUUAUUUUACUUUAAUCCUGCGCCAAUACUUAUCCUAUACCUCAUGCUAUCUAUUUCUGCUUUGAAGUUUCCUUUGGCAGGAAACACACAAAACCAGACGAAAACAAAACACAAUUUAAAGUAAAAGUUUGGCCUCAUAAUGACCAAAGCUCAUAAAUUUGACAACGUAAAUAAAAUAAUCUGAGUCAAGAAACCACCUUUCAUAACUAACGACAAAAGACCUUUCAUUUACCCAAAUCUCAAGCUAACUUCUAAUUCAAUCCAAUCUUUUCCAAAUUCUCAUUCCGUUAACUCCACGUUCUACUCUGUCACAUUGUCACCAUUCCACGUGUCAUUUCUUCAACUUCCACGUCAUCUUCCCACACUAACAAAAGUGUUUUCUCUUCUCAAACAUGUUAUGUUACACCGCUUUUGCUUUAUAUUUAUAAUAACAAGCUAUGUUGAAGAAGUUAUAUGUAUGUGUAUUGGAAGCCAAAGACUUACCCGUAAAGAAUUCUCGUGUGAAGCUUCAACUUGGAAAGCUCAAGUACAAGACAAGGAUAUCCAGAAACACGUUCAAUCCCAUUUGGAACCAGGAAUUUGUUUUCAAGGUGGUGAAGGAUAUUGCAGAGGAAGUGCUUGUUGCCACUGUUGUUAAUGAUCACAGUUAUGGUGAUGUAGUGGAUUUUGUCGGUGAAGUGCGGAUUCCGGUUGGUUUUGAUCAGGAGGAUAAUAACAAGCAAAUAUUGCCACCGACGUGGUUCUCCCUUCAAUGUUCUAACAAGAGUGCCAGAUUUUUCAACAAAUUUUCUGGGAAGAUUCUCCUUACAAUUUCUCUUCAUUGUAAAAGUCGUGCUUCUUCGAUGAAUCAUAAGCAUUCUCCAAACUCAACUAUUGCAGACUUGGAUGAUCUUCACACUUCAUCGCAGCCAUCUUUUCAUAAAAUUCGUAAAAUGGGUGAAGGCAAACAAUUGUUGAAGGUUAUUGCUAAUCGUCUAGAUAGGAUUUUUAAUAAAAAGGAACGGAACUCAAAAUCGGUGGAUUGUUCAGAAACAUCAAAUUCAUUAUCUGAUUAUGAAGAUAGUGUAGAAGAAAAUUCACCCCCCCCAUGUAGCUUUGAAGAAGGCAUUGCAGUAAUGGAAACAAGAGAUGAACAACCAGAAAGUCCUGAAAAUUUGCCGGGUGGUGUUCUAAUAGAUAAAAUUUAUGCAGUAUCUCCAUACAAUCUUAAUGUGGUUCUUUUCGCACCGAAUUCUCAGUUUAGGAAAGAUUUGGCAGAACUACAAGGGACAACAAAUUUGCAAGAAGGGGCUUGGUCCUGGAAAGGUGAAGACAUGUCUUGUUUGACUCGAGUUGUUACCUAUACAAAAGCUGCUUCAAAAUUAGUCAAGGCUGUUAUUGCCACUGAGGAGCAAACCUAUAUUAGAGUGACCAAAGAUGAAUUUGUUGUACUUGUUAGUGUAUGCACUCCUGAUGUUCCAUAUGGGAAUACAUUUCGGGUUGAAUUGCUUUACAAGAUAAUGCCUGGAGAAGAGGUGUCUUCUGGGGAUGAAUCCUCACAUCUUGUGAUAUCAUGGGGAAUUGUCUUCCUACAAAGCACAAUGAUGAAAGGUAUGAUAGAGAGUGGAGCUAGACAAGGUUUGAAGGAGAGUUUUGAUCAGUUUUCUAACCUACUUGCUCAAAGUUUCAAGGUACUAGAUAAGCAAGAUUUGAUAAACAAAGAACACUUGUUGGCAACUUUGCAGACUGAAAGCCAGUGGAAUUGGUGGCAGGCUAUUGCAUACUUCUGGAAUUUCACAGUAGUUUCGACAUUUUUUAUGGUUUUGUAUCUGUUGCUGCAUAUUUUAAGGUGUGGUCCUAGUCAACCUCAGGGUUUGGAGUUUAGAGGGAUUGAACUGCCAGAUAGCUUAGGAGAGCUAGUUACAAGUGGAAUUUUAGUUAUCCAGUUGAAACGUGUUUAUCAUAUGGUAUCUCACUUUGUGCAAGCUAGAUUUCAAAUGGGAACUGACCAUGGCAUGAAAGCACAUGGGGAUGGAUGGGUUGUUACUAUAGCUUUAAUUGAGGGAGUUGAGCUGGCCGCAUUGGAGUCAACAGGCCUGUCAGAUCCCUAUGUAGUUUUCACCUGUAAUGGACAAACAAGGUCAAGCUCUGUCAAGCUUGAGACAUCAGAUGCUCAAUGGAAUGAGAUAUUAGAGUUUGAUGCUAUGGAAGAACCGCCGUCAGUUUUACAUGUGGAAGUUUUUGAUUUUGAUGGUCCAUUUGACCAAGAUGUUUCACUUGGACACGCUGAGAUCAAUUUCCUAAAACACACAUCAACAGAAUUGGCAGACAUGUGGGUCAUGCUUGAAGGUAAGCUAGCGCAAUCUGCUCAAUCGAAGUUGCAUUUGAGGAUUUUCUUGGACAAUAAUAAAGGAGUUGAAACUAUCAAGGAUUACUUGGAGAAAAAGGAAAAGGAAGUAGGCAAAAAGUUGAAUCUUCCAUCACCUCAAAGGAAUUCCACAUUCCAGAAACUGUUUGGAUUGCCUCCAGAAGAGUUCCUAAUCAAUGAUUUCACAUGUUCCCUGAAGAGAAAAAUGCAUUUACAGGGCCGGCUAUUUCUUUCGGCAAGGAUUGUAGGAUUUUAUUCAAAUUUAUUUGGACAUAAAACCAAAUUUUUCUUCCUUUGGGAAGAUAUUGAAAACAUUCAAGUGCUUCCUCCAUCAUUAGCAUCAUUAGGAAGCCCUACAUUGGUCAUAAUUCUUCGAAGAGGAAGAGGUAUCGAUGCAAGGCAUGGUGCCAAGUCACAAGAUGAAGAAGGAAGGCUUAGGUUUCAUUUUCAGUCAUUUGUUUCUUUCGGUUCUGCAUCCAGAACAAUAAUGGCCUUGUGGAGAACAAGAAUACUGAACCCCUAUCAGAAAGAACAUAUUAUGGAGGAGCAUGAAGAUCAAGAAGUUUUGGUAAUGCCUGAUGACUCUAGAUCUAUCCUAGAGGAUGAAGAAAAAAUGUCCAGUAUUUACUCUGCUGAACUGCCAAUUAAGAUGGGAUUAGUGAUGGAAAUUUUUGAGGGAGGAAACCUAGAGCAUAAGAUUAUGAAGAGAAGUGGUUGUAUAAACUAUGACACUACACCUUGGGAACCAGUAAAACCUGAUGUUCGCGAAAGGCGUGUUUCUUACCAAUUUAAUCGAAAUUCAUCGGUGUUUGAUGUAACAAGCACACAACAAAAGUUUCCAAAUACAAUCACAGGAGGUUUGAUUGUGAAUGAAGUUAUGGUCCUUAAUGGUGUCCCAUUUUCCGAUCACUUCCGUAUUCAUUUUAGGUACGAAAUUGAGAAAUCAGCUCUUAGUGAAUGUGCUUGCAAGUGUGAUGUAUACAUUGGCAUUAUGUGGCUUAGGAGCUCUAAGUUUCAGCAAAGGCUCAAUCGGAACAUAACAUCCAAGUUUAAAAUUCGACUUGAGGAAAUAUUUGAACUGGUGCAGAAAGAGAUUUUGUUGCUGUCUAACAACUCGCAUGUGUAAAGGAUGAAUGGAUUAGUGAGACUAAAAAAUUGUAAUUUGUAUAAGGUGAAAGAAAUUACCUCUGUAUAGAGUGAUAGUUUAAUUUUUAAUUAUAGUUUUCAAUAGAUAAUCAUGGUUGAUAAUAAAAGAAGUUAACUUAAUUCUGUGCAAAAAAGAGAUUGUUGUACCAAAAAUAAUUAAAUUUGAUAGUUUCACUGAUUUGAGAUAUUUUAUUUCUUCGUUACAUUA